AUGAGGCUCCUCGUGGUGCCCCUCUUGCUAGCUUGGGUGGCUGGCGCUACUGCUGCUGUGCCUGUGGUCCCCUGGCGUGUGCCGUGCCCCCCUCAGUGUGCCUGCCAGAUCCGGCCCUGGUACACGCCCCGCUCGUCCUACCGCGAGGCCACCACCGUGGACUGCAACGACCUAUUCCUGACAACCGUGCCCCCGGCGCUGCCUGCGGGCACGCAGACCCUUCUGCUGCAGAGCAACAGCAUUGUCCGUGUGGACCAGAGUGAGCUUAGCUACCUGGCCAACCUGACCGAGCUGGACCUCUCCCAGAACAGCUUUUCAGAUGCCCGCGACUGUGAUUUCCUGGCCCUGCCCCAGCUGCUGAGCCUGCACCUAGAAGAGAAUCAGCUGACCCGGCUGGAGGACCACAGCUUUGCAGGGCUGAGCAGCCUGCAGGAACUCUAUCUCAACCACAACCAGCUCUACCGCAUCGCCCCCAGGGCCUUCGCCGGCCUCAGCAACCUCCUGCGGCUGCACCUCAACUCCAACCUGCUGAGGGCCAUCGACAGCCGCUGGUUCGAGAUGCUGCCCAACCUGGAGAUCCUCAUGAUUGGUGGCAACAAGGUGGAUGCCAUCCUGGACAUGAACUUCCGGCCCCUGGCCAGCCUGCGCAGCCUGGUGCUAGCAGGCAUGAACCUGAAGGAGAUCUCCGACUACGCCCUAGAGGGGCUGCAGAGCCUGGAGAGCCUCUCCUUCUAUGACAACCAGCUGGCCCGUGUGCCCAGGCGGGCACUGGAGCAGGUGCCCGGGCUCAAGUUCCUCGACCUGAACAAGAACCCACUGCAGCGCGUGGGGCCGGGGGACUUUGCCAACAUGCUGCACCUCAAGGAGCUGGGGCUGAACAACAUGGAGGAGCUGGUCUCCAUCGACAAGUUUGCCCUGGUUAACCUCCCCGAGCUGACCAAGCUGGACAUCACCAACAACCCCCGGCUGUCCUUUAUCCACCCCCGCGCCUUCCACCACCUGCCCCAGAUGGAGACCCUCAUGCUCAACAACAAUGCUCUUAGUGCCUUGCACCAGCAGACAGUGGAGUCCCUGCCCAACCUGCAGGAGGUGGGGCUCCACGGCAACCCCAUCCGCUGUGACUGUGUCAUCCGUUGGGCCAAUGCCACGGGCACCCGGGUCCGCUUCAUCGAGCCGCAGUCUACACUGUGUGCUGAGCCUCCAGACCUCCAGCGCCGCCCUGUCCGCGAGGUGCCCUUCCGGGAGAUGACGGACCACUGCCUGCCCCUCAUCUCCCCACGCAGCUUCCCCCCCAGCCUCCAGGUGGCCAGCGGAGAGAGCCUGGUGCUGCACUGCCGGGCGCUAGCUGAACCGGAGCCCGAGAUCUACUGGGUCACGCCAGCCGGGGUUCGACUGACAGCUGCCCGUGCAGGCAGGAGGCACCGGGUGUAUCCCGAGGGGACUCUGGAGCUGCGGAGGGUGACGGCAGAAGAGGCAGGGCUGUACACCUGUGUGGCGCAGAACCUGCUGGGGGCUGACACGAAGACGAUCAGCGUGGUUGUCGGACGCGCUCCCCUCCAGCCAGGCAGGGAUGAGGGAGGGGGGCUGGAGCUCCGGGUGCAGGAGACCCACCCCUAUCACAUCCUGCUCACCUGGGUCCCCCCACCCAACACAGUCUCCACCAACCUCACUUGGUCCAGCGCCUCUUCUCUCUGGGGCCGGGGGGCCACUGCUCUGGCACGCUUGCCCCGGGGUACCCACAGCUACAACAUCACCCGCCUCCUUCAGGCCACGGAGUACUGGGCCUGCCUGCAGGUGGCCUUUGCUGAUGGCCACACCCAGUUGGCCUGUGUGUGGACCAGGACUAAGGAGGCCACUCCUUGCCACAGAGCCGUAGGGGACCGGCCUGGGCUCCUAGCCAUCCUGGCUCUCGCAAUCCUCCUGCUGGCAGCCGGGCUGGCGGCCCACCUUGGCACCGGCCAACCAAGGCAGGGGGUGGUCGGGCGGCCCCUCCUUCCAGCCUGGGCUUUCUGGGGCUGGAGUGGCCCCUCUGUCCGGGUGGUGUCUGCACCUCUUGUCCUGCCCUGGAACCCGGGGAGGAAGCUGUCGAGAUCCUCAGAUGGGGAGACACUGUUGCCACCAUUGUCUGAAAAUUCCUGA